GCAAAUAAUGGUGGCGAUUUACGUCCUAUAAAAAUUGUGAACGGAUCGCUUCCUUGCAUUUUCCUGACUAAAACGCAUCUAUAAAAUUUGAGAGGUAAAAUCUGAAUUUUAAUAAGAGAGAAAACAAAAGUUAUUAUUUUCUAAAUUGACUUCAAAAUGGUUUUCUCAGCAGAAAUUGUUAUCGAAUCGGACCAUGGCAAACAAAUUGGACUUGCAGCUCGUGGUAAAACACAUCGCAAAUGGUACACUCGCCGAAAAUUUGUGCAGAGUAUGUUUAUCGCCUUUACGAGAUCCCUAUGAAAAUAUAUUUUCUAAAAUCUGCACUGAGAAUGAAGAAUACUGUAUAGCUAAUAUUUUAAAAGAGUUGUAUGAUAUGCAGUUUUCAGAUGAUGAGCACUUUAAUAUUUGUUCAGACUGCCUCGCAUUUACAUUGAAUGCAUAUAAAUUUUAUUUAAAAGCAAAGCACAAUGAGCUGCUCCUCCACUUGUAUACAGACAAUUUGAUAUACCAUCUUGAUGCUAUUGACAUACCCGCAAAUAUUAGUAACGAAUCUAUAUUUAUAUCGCUACCAAUCCUAACUCCAGAUAUUCCUUCUAUUGAAUUUGACCCAAGUAAAAAAUUUUCUGUCAAAAAAUUUGCUCAGGAAGAUAAAAAGAAAGUAAAUAUGAAAAAAGAACAAAAUAUGGAAAAACCACCAAUCAUAGACAUAAAGAAAACAGAAACAAAUUUUAUUAAACCACAAGUAAAAAUUGAACAAGAAGAUGAUGAUGAUCUGAUUAUAAUAAUGAAUGAAAAAGGUCUGCCAACAUUUUAUAAAAUGCAAACCGACGGACAGUUAGUGGAAGUAGAAUACGAUGACAGGUGUCGGAAGGCUUACAAAGUUAUAACAGAACAAAUGCCUAAAAAAAGAGUUCACAAGAAAAAAAGAGGGCCAAUGACAUGGAAAAAGUGUAGUAAAUGCCCCAUAGAAUACAGAUUUGUGGCAAAGUUAAAGGAGCACAUGUGGCUUGAACAUGAGACAUUGCUAUAUUCAUGUAAAAUCUGUGAAGCUCUUGCGGAAGAUGAAGAUGAAUAUCAAUUUCAUAUGAAAACUCACACAAAUGAAUAUCAGUGUGAUUUAUGUGAGAUUGUGUUCAAAAAACGUGAAACAAUAAUAGCACACUUGGAGCUACAUGAGAAGUCUGAUGAAAGUAAACAAAAUAAGAAUAACUAUGUAUGUAAAAUUUGUGGUAAAAUAAUGAAAGAUGCUGAAAGUUUAAACAUUCACACUGCAGAACACAAUCUGAAGGAAUACACAUGCUAUUACUGUGGUCGGAUGUAUAAAAAGGAGAUUGGUUUUAAUAAGCACAUAAAGAAACAUGAGAUGUAUAUGAAUUUAAAAGAAAUGAGGCAGAAGCGUUCCGAGCAACCAGAAAAGCAAAUACCUGAGCCACAGCCACCUGAGCAGAACCAUUCAAAGGUUCUGACAUGUGAGAUAUGUGGUCGUAUUGUACUCAGUGAGCGAGCACUGAUAUGGCACAAACGACUGCACACCAAUGAACGACCUUUCACUUGCAAGACGUGCGGUCGUGGGUUCGUGUCGCUGAACCGAUGCAAGCAGCACGCGCUGUGCGCUCAUACUGCACCCACGCGCCGCUGCCCGCUGUGCCCCGCGCUGUUUCAUAUGCGGUCUAUGGUCAACUCGCACAUCAAGAAGGUGCAUUUGAAGACGCACAAACGCCGCAAUCGCGCCGUAAGGCAGCAAGAAGUGUGCUGGCAUACAGAAACCGUGCCCAUACAAGAGCUCAGCGUCGCCAUACAAGGCGACAUCCUAGAGCUACAGGCAGCCAAAACCAUGUCUGACAAUGAGAUGUAUGCUGACUGAGCAGACUUCAAACUUAUUAAAUUGUGUACUUUUUACUGAAACUGUUUUAGUUUAUUUUACUAUUGUUGACUUGCUGAAUGAAAUCAUGAAUAAAAC